AUGGCCACCACAACAGAAUGGAAAUACUUCCCCAUCACUGGCAUCCCCCUACAAGACAGGGUUGCCGGUAGUCCUACUGUUGAGGUGCCUAUCAGGCAAAAUAUCGACACAUGGAGCAGUGACCCCGCCAACGAAAAGCAAGUCAAGCUCUUCAUCAUGGCAUUAUAUCGGUUUCAGCAGAUAACCCCCACAGACCGAGACUCAUAUUUUCAGAUUGCCGGGAUCCACGGACAGCCCAAUGUGCCGUGGGAUGAACCUAUCGAUAAAUCAGAGGCUGAGGGCAAGGGGUACUGCACUCACAAUAACAUCUUGUUCCCAGUCUGGCAUCGUGCGUAUCUUGCGCUCUAUGAGCAACGAAUUUACGAGAUCAUGAACAAUGAGAUAGUUCCCAAUUUUGCCGAGGAGGGACGAUCAGACUGGCAGAAAGCCGCCCAGACCUGGCGCCUCCCUUUUUGGGAUUGGGGUAUUACCACGUCGGUGCCUGACUUGUGCAAAUAUCCCACUACACUUGUGCCGACCGCGGAUGGCAAGAGCGAAGAGACUAUCACUAACCCUCUUUUUCAAUUUCGUAUGCCGACAAAUCAACCUAUGUCUUCGGCUGGCAUGGCGAAUUUCAAGGAUCCGUGGGCCCCUGAUGGAGAUAUGAUCUUUUACGGUGAAUGUAUUGGUACCAGUCGCUGGCCCCAAGAGGGUGACAACAUCUCAGGCAGCACGGCCUGGAAACACGGGGUGGUGAACAAUUAUAAAGUUCAAGAUGCGCUAAAGAAACCUGAGUGGGUCGCAGAUUCGCCUUAUGGACAACCUGCAGAGAUGGUUUACCGUCUGCUCACCAUCCCUAUGGAAUAUUCUACCUUUGCAACCACCGCCCAGCUUUCCGAGGACCAAAGCGUCGCAAAUGACGUUAAUAUUGAGUACAUUCACAACAACCUCCACGGCUGGGUGGGAGGAGAUUUCAAUGGACACAUGUCACAAAUCCCUGUGGCAUCGUUCGAUCCUACGUUUUGGCUUCAUCAUUGUAAUAUUGAUCGUAUCUUUGCUUUAUGGCAAGCUCUAAACCCUGAAAAAUGGAUCGAGGAAAGCCAGGUCAAUGAGUUCUUCCAGGAGAUAAUUGGCCUUCCCAUUGGUACUAAAAUCACCACUGAAACCGAGCUACGGCCAUUCCACAAAGACGUCAGUGGAACUGUCAUGGUACCUAAUGACGUUCGCUACCCUUAUAGCCUUGGGUAUACCUAUCCAGAGUUGCAGACCUGGAAAUACGAUCCCCAAGCCUAUACUGCGGAGCCCUUUCUCAAAGAUCUCCGCAAAGCUAUCAAUGAUCUUUAUGGAGUGUCGAGAGAACAACUGAUUGACACCACCAAUAAUCUCGAGGGAGUGGAGUAUCUCGAAGAUGCAACCAAAAACCUGGAUUUUGCAUUUAGCAUCCGCUACCGUAAGUAUGGGUUUGGUGGAGAACCAUUCUGGAUCCGCAUCUUUCUCUCUCAGGAUGGUGUGACGCAAAACGCCGCUACAGACUUGAUUACCGAGGUCUAUAACUUCAGUCAAAAGCCAGAAGAUCAGGCAUCAGGCAAAGUUGUCUGUACGAACUGCAAGGAUAAUGAAAAGGCAAACCUAAAAUCUACUGCAGCCAUUUCCAUCACCCCAGUGCUGAUUACUAUCCUGAAAGCAGGCGGUAAAGAUCUGCCUAGCCUGAAAAAGGAGGACGUUCUAGCCUUUCUGCAAAAACGUGCAUACUGGAGAGUUUUCAAAGGAGGCAAAGAGGUUCCUCGGAACCAGCUUGACCCCCUCGAUCUUGAAAUUAUUGGAAGCACCAAUGAUUCAACUCAGUAUAAGGACGCGACAAAAGCGCCUCUCUUGGAAAACUUCAAAAAGGAACCCUCUAUCUCCGGCGGAGCUGACGGUGCACUGGAUCCAUCUCUAAGACAGCCCAUGACAGUCCCGCCACCGACGAUGCCUGAUAUUCCCCAGGCAAAUCUGAAUAUCAAUUCGUUCCUGGCUUUCAAGGGACCCAUGGGGCCUGACGCCGUUGUGAUCAUCGAUUCAGCUAGUCUGGAUAUGACCCCGGUCAAAUCUUCUGGUAUUGACAAUACCCAGGUGUUUUUCUCGGACACCAAAAAGGGAGGUGGUAACAUUGUGUUCCUGCUCUCAUUCCGCAGAUCCGAGAACCAAAUCGUGCUUAAUACUCGUCUGGAUAAUUCUUGGGGCAAAGAAGUCCGUGUAUCUCUGGAAGAUAGGUUCAAGGGGACCGCGCCAUCUAUUCUGGUUCACGAUCAGGGUGACGGGUAUGAAAUCUUUAUCGAUUGGAGACAUCUAGCUUGGUUUGAAAAGCGUGCGAAGGAAAAGGUGGCAAAUUCUGUUUCUUAUAGUGUAAAUGAGGGACAGACGUCUAUGAUGUCUCCUGAACUGAAGAUCAGGGUCUAUGCUUCAAUGAAGGAAGUGUUCCAAAAGUAG